UAAAAGCCCAAGUUGGCAGCCGCGGUUACUCUCCGGAAAAUCAGACGGAAGUCAAAUUUUGUUUUCAACAAAAAGCGAAAUCAAUUUUGAGCUCUUCUUGGAGAGUCUAAAAUAUUUAUUCACAUAAUUUAUACAAUAUUGUAUAUAUUUCUCAUCGAAGACAACAUACAAAGCAGCAUAUGUGAAAGAAGCGAUCAGAAAACAACCAACAGAUGACCGAUCGCUUGCACUUUCCUUUUUAGAACGAGAAAAUCUAUAUUAUUACGGAUUUGCGUCGUGAAAAUCGACAACAAAGAAAACAAUUGUGCCCCUAAAGGGAUAAUAUAGAAGCAUAGAAAGAUAUAAUUAAAAUGCAUACUCUGUUUGCGCUUCUUAAGAACAAGUUGAGCGACGUCCACCCCUUGCACAACGUAGACCUAAAUAAGGAUGUGGCCUAUUUGAAGGAUGUGGUCACAAAGGAGCUGCAGCUGGAUUUCGAAGCCAAUGAACUGGAGAUAAUUCAUUACGGAAAAGUGCUCGAGGAUGCAGAUACCAUAGGCAAGUCUGUGAAGCCUAACGCCGUGAUCCACUGCUUUAAAAAGACCAAGCGGUAUUCGCCCUAUGUGCCGCCGCCUGCUUCCGAGAUAAACACAAAGCACAUUCAGGAGCUCUUCUCGCUGACGUCGCACUUGCAGAUUAGUGUCACCUCGCGGUUCAACAUCUUGCAAAAGAUUCUUGCUGAAUACCCAGAGUUCAGGCGUAACCUAGGCGCCCAGGCCCUGAUCCGGGACUCGGUUCUAUUUAACAUGCUGCACGAGCCGGAGGUGGUUCAGAAUCUAGUACGGGACUAUCCGCUCAUCUGCGAGGCCGCUCCUUUCAUUGUCGACACCAUUCGCAAGGAGCUAGCAAGGAACAGCUCGGCCACGCAGUUUCAAGAACAAGCUGCAUCGGAGUCCACCACUUCAUCGGAGGAAGAAAACUCAUUGGGCGCUGGAAGCAGCAGCAGUGGUGGAAGCAGCAGUACCGCUGUCACCGCCAACAUUCGUCAGAUCAGCCGUCAGCAGUUAGCGAACGCUCUGGCUAAUGUCACCUCGUUCAACUCGCUGUCGAACAUUGCCCAGCGAAAUGCGGAUGAGGCGCUGCAGGAAGGUAGUGGUUCAUCUAGUGCUGCGCCAGCAACUGCGCCUGCUUCUGCUCCAAGCGGCUCCAGCGGAGCUAGCGGCAGCGGUGGAGUAUCUUCUGAGCUGUUUCGCAAUGGAUUAGACCGGCUUUUCCAAUCAUUGGCUCAACAACAGCCACCCAGUGGAGCCAGUCAAGUGGAGAGCAUGGAUGUGGAACCCGGAAACACACCAUCCACAGAAACUUCAGCUACGGGGGAUGUGCAUGAUGAAGACGCUGAUGGUGACGACAGUGAUGUUUUGCCGCGCUGCUAUCGCCGUCAUCGUUUUACCGAGCAGCUCAGAACCAUGGCAGCCAUGGGUUUCAUUAAUCACACCCAGAACGUGAACUAUCUGACCCUAGCCGAUGGAAAUGUGGAGCAUGCCAUAAACUUACUAAUGCUGGGAAUGAACUGAGACCAGAGACUAUUUUAUAAACUUAUAUUUAUUCUGCUGCUGCUGCGUCUGAGGAUUCUGAAUUAUUCAACUCCCAAGUUAAGCAAAGAAUAUCUCUGAUAAAUUGUAAUACUUAAAAUACACUUAGGGGAUUCAA